AUGGGUAAUUGUUUUCGAACACCAAUGCAAGAUGAUAUAUCAUUGCUGCAUGGUUCAGAAACUGCUGCUGAUUCCAACGGGUCGCCAUCAUAUAUGAAUGUUCCACAGAUCUCACCACCAUGUUCUCAUCCUGCUGACCAAAAUAGGGUCAUGGUUUACCAUCCAAGUCCUAAUGUAACCCGAGCCGCUAGUCAAUUGACAGAAGAAGAACAAAUUAAAAUUGCAAAACGAAUUGGUCUGAUAGAACAUCUACCGUGUGGAAUUUAUGAUGGUAGCACAAAAGCUAAAGAGUGUGUCAUCUGUAUGGGAGAAUUCGUUGUGGGUGACACUUUAAGAUACCUACCAUGUGUACAUAUUUAUCACAAGAACUGUAUUGAUGACUGGCUGAUGAGAUCGUUCACUUGCCCUUCAUGCAUGGAACCCGUCGACUCCGCACUUCUCAUGACAUAUGAAACCAACUGA